CUGAACCAUUACUAGUUUUUGCUGCCCAAUCACUUGUUUUUACAAAAGAAUAAAGAAAGAAUAAUCUGUUCAAAGACAGGGUUUCCGCUAGGUUUCCGCAGCUUUCUGCUUGGACCCCUAAAAAAAGACCGGAUAUUGGCGUUACCAGUGGAACGUGUUGUCGUUGCUAAGGAAGUGUGGCACGCUUGUUCUGUCCAACGAGGAUCGGCAUCCCUCUCAACUUCCAGCUUUUUUCAAAGUCUACCACUGCGCUUUAGUCGUUGUAAUAUUCUCUUCUGGGCGUAGAUUAAAAAAACAGAAACGUGACGCGAAGGAAGUGAUACUAAGUAAACUAAAGUAAGACUAAUUCACAUCUGUGCUGGUAUAACUGGAUUCGUGACUAGUGUCGCUGGUCAUCAUUCGGUCAGCAUGCGCUCACACAAACAUCACAGCAACAACGGAGGACCGUUCUUCAUGCCCACAGUCAAUAGCUAUAAAUUGCACCUUGCUGCAGUGAAAUCUCUGAUACCUGACAGAGAUGUUCAAAAAACAUUUGACUUACAAGCAUGCCAUGAACUAACCAAAAAUAUUUGCAUGGACUCACUGAAGAAAACCCCACCAAGAUUAGGUAUGCCACCAAGAACAGACCUCCGCCAUCUUGCCCAGGCUGGCAAGAGGCCUCUGCAUGCCCCUUUGCUGGCAUUUGUCAAUGAGCAGAGGAGUCCUGAGUGCCAUCUGCCCGCCCCUCGAGCCGCAGGCACCAGUCAUCCCCCAUGGGACCAGGGGUGCCAGUCUGUCCGAGCUAAGCCCCAACGCCACACUCGCAGCGCUGGGGCCUCACACUCACACAACCCCCUUUCACACCAUCAGGCUUCAGGAGAGUCGACGGCAGCCACAGCAUUGGACAGCUCCCUGCCUGGCUUCCCCAUCGCUUUCCGAUCCCGUGAUGACUGUGGAACGGAACGCCUGGAUUUGGACAGGCGUGGACUGGUAGAGUGCCCCCCGGUGGUUGGUCUGGAGAAGUUGCGACUACUGAAUCUCCAGCACAACCUGCUGACCCGUGUUCACAGCCUGGAGUCGCUGAGACGUCUGGUUUUCCUGGACCUGUACGACAACCACAUCUCCGACCUCACUGGCAUCGCCUGUCUCGUGUCGCUUAGGGUACUCAUGCUGGGGAAAAACAGGAUUCAACGAAUAUGCCACCUGGAUAACCUUGCCAAACUUGAUGUCCUGGACAUGCACAAUAAUCAGAUCUCCCAGAUGGAGAACUUGUCUCACUUGUCGGAGCUGCGGGUUCUAAACUUGGCAGGGAACCGCAUUUCUAGGGUGCAGGGGCUGCAAGGUCUGGAUUCGCUGAUGGAGCUCAAUCUGAAACGGAACUCCAUCUCCUCUGUGACGGAGGUGGACCGGCUUCCAUGCCUGCAGCGCCUCUUCCUCAGCUGCAACAGCAUCAGCAGUUUUGAUGAGCUGGCCUGUCUGGGAGAGUCGUGCUCCCUGUGUGAACUGACCCUUGAUGGGAACCCUGUGGCGGAGGAGACAUGGUACAGGCAGGCUGCCCUGUGCUUAAUGCUGCAUCUGCGACUCCUGGACAUGAAACGUAUUACAGAGGAGGACAGACGUAUGGCUGGAGUAGUUGCCCGAAGAGAGGAUGAGAAGAAGAGAGAGACCCACAAACAGGCCAUUCACAAGGGUUCUGUGUGUAGUUCUCCUCAGCAAGAAAGCAGCCAAUCAGAGGUCUGCAGACUUCAGGAGAAGGUCCAGGCAGUGGAGAAGGUCCAGGAGAAACGGCGGCUGGCCAUUCGUAAUGCUGCCCAACAGUGGGAGGGGCUUAAGUCUUGUUUGGACCUGCCCACCCAAAAUGGUUCGAAGGAGGAAGUGAGCCCAGAGAAUAGCCCCACCCACAGCUCUGCACAGACCAAUGGGAUCGCUCAGGAUCCCUCUCCAGAUGAGCUCAGGCGGGUGAGCCCUAUCUUGGCUCUGGAUCGUCCAGCAGUGAUCACUGAGAACAGGUUACGCUCCAUCAGUCGUCCCAACAGCCCACGAGACCCAAGGUUACAGGAUGCGGGCAGCAGUAGCGUGCAGUCUCUGUCCCUGUCGGAGAGCCACCUGGCAGAGCUGGACGGCGAGACGCUGCGUCUGUUUGGCGCCGGCGCGCUGGAGGCCCUGGAGCGCGGCUGGGGCGUGCAGACCGCCGCCGCCGUCACCACCAUCGCAUUCCGCUACAUCAGCUUCGACGCCAUCGUCCCCACACUGCCGCGCAUCCGUGUCAAGUUUCCCAACCUCGCGCACCUUAUCUUCCUGGAGACCAACAUCAGCCGUCUGCCCCAGCUGGCCGCCCUGGCGCAGGUGCGGCGGCUGGACCAGAUCACCGUCCACCCCGAGGGCAACCCUGUGGUGGGCCUGAGCGUCUGGAGGUCCUUCCUGCUCUACCGCCUGCACCACUUCAACCUGCAGAGGCUCAAUGGCGUGGAGGUGACCAUUAAUGAUGUCAUUGCGGCGGAGCGUCUGUUUGGAACGCUUGGUCACAUCGCUGCCACGGAAACACCACACUGCCGACUGCUGCUGCUGCUGGAAGAGAGCAGGAAGCGUCAGCUGCAGUUCCUGCUGGAGGGCCGUGGGCGGCGGGUGGGUCAGAGCCCUGAGGAGCUGAGGGAGAACGGGCGGCUGCUGGGGGAGGGCCUCAGCCGGGCACUCUUCAACUACCCCAACAGAGACACCUGCAGCGAAGGACCAGAGGAGGGCGCCGCGGAGGCGCUGGCCCAGACGUACGUGCAGGGCCUGGUGCAGCGCACGGCCGAGACCAGCGCGAAGCGUGAGGCCCAGCACAAGCUGUGGCCCUCCAUGUUCGUGGAGCUGGUGAGGGACUGCGUGCUGGAGGUGCGGGGUCGAUCGGGGGGCCCACAGCAGAGCUACCCACAGGCCUGCCUCAGCAGACUCACACACAUCAGCAAGUGAAGCAGGGAGGGAGGGGAGGAAGAGGAGGACCAAGAUGUCAAGUUGGGUCAAGGAUGGAGGUUCUUAUGUCUUCCCUUGAAAUGGAGCAACAAACAGAGCCAUACUGCACACACAUGCAGGUGCACACACACACACACACACACACCGUAUACACGUGGGAACAAACACACACACACACACAAAAAUAAACAUUCACAUGGCUUCACCUUGGUCCCUAUCAGUCAGACUUUAGGAAGUGUCUUUGGUCCACUGUCACAUUCCAGUAACACUUCCCAUCACACACACACACACACACACACACACAAAUACUCCCAAACACACACACACACACAUCUAGACACUCCCACAUCUAGACACUCCCACAACACACUGGGCCAGUCCAGGGCUCACCUUCACCUCUAGCGGCGCAGCUGGCCUUGAGAUGUUGCUCGACUCGUUUCCUUGAAUGUACAGAUCACGCCGCUAUCAGUGUUAUUCACGCCUCACUUCCUGUCCAGCAGAAUACCAGGAAGGGCAGUUGCUGGGAGGGGCCGCUCCGGUCUGAUCAGCGCGAUAGCGGACCCUCAGAUACCCGCCGCUGGACGUUCCCAAUAUUCAAAGAGCCUUGACGGACAUCCUCCCUCCGAUUCAGAGUAGCCGCUCUGUUGAACUUCAAUUAUUCCCUGAGCAGGGAGAGCCAGUCCCUCCCUCCCUCCCUUCUUCUGCACCUCAUCACUCAUUCAUCCCCCUCGGACUAAAGGGGGGAGCCAGAAGAGACGGAAAAGAGAGAGAGUGAAAAAAGGUUGUUGUUUUUCUCUCUCUCUCUCUCUCUCUUUUUAGGUGUUCUAAUUGCACUUCUGUUUUUUUCCUGGACUUUUCUGUAUUUCACUUGAUAUUAAAAAAGAUGAUGACAGUGAUGAACUGA